UCGUACGCGAUCUACCCAAAUAGGCGAUCUACCGGUUAUUCCGAAUUUCCGAAUUUCCAAAUUAUCUUGAUAAUUUACGACUAUUUAUUUAUACGUUUAUAUGACUUCCCUUUUAUAGUUCAAUUAAUACGAUAAGAUAAAAUAUACGAUAGCCUGACGUCCAGACACAUCGCCGUCACCAACUCGCCACAAUCGCCGUCUCUACUACGCCGAAACUACUACCCGUUUUCUACUCGUUAGACAAUAGUAAAUAAUAUUUCAUUUUUUAAUAUUUCAUUAUGAGUUCAAGAAUCGGACAUUUUUAUCGUAAUAUUAUUUGUGACGAACAAACAUGUGCGAAUUAUUUAAAAAGCAAACAGUUGUUACCUCAAAAUGAAGAAAAUCAUUUAACGUGCAAUGAAGUGAGAGAAGGCGUCAGCUGUGGUGGAGAUCUUAAAGAAACUACCAGAACAAGUAAAAAGAGAAAUUCGGAUGGAUCAUUUAAAAGGACAGUUACAUUAAGAUGCACCAAAAAAGGGUGUCAAACUUUUCAAUCAAUACGUAAAGGUAAUCAGUUCUUUUCAUACACUGAUCUCAAUGGUAGAUGUAACAGCAAAUUAACAUUAACGGAAAUUAUGGAAUUGGUGUGGUAUUGGGUUUACCUUAACACUGUUCAAACAACGGUACUCUGGACAGGACGAAGCAACCAUACUGUUGUUGAUUGGUACAACUUGUGCAGAAAUGUCGUAGUCGAUUGUUUUUCGAAACGUCAGAAAAUGGGUGGGCGAGGUUGUAUUGUGGAAAUCGAUGAAUCUCUUUUUCAAGGAAAAAGAAAAUAUAAUCGUGGACGUUUGUUAUGUUCUGAUCAAAGAACGGGAAAUGAAGAAAAUGAGGAACCCCUAAACAAUGACGAAACUGAACAAUCAGCAGAAGAAACUAAUCAACGAAAUUAUGGUUCACGGGUACAAGGACCAUGGGUAUUUGGUCUAUGUUGGCACCACAAUGACGUUCUGGAACGCCGAUUUUUCAUAGUUCAAAAACGUGAUAGAGCAACACUUUUGCCAAUUAUUCAAAGAGAAGUUGAACAGGGAACGAUAAUUCACAGUGACCAGUGGAAGGCAUACGCUACAUUAAAUGAACACGGGUUUAGUCACAAAACAGUAAAUCAUAGCCUAAAUUUCAUUGAUCCAAGUACAGGAGCACAUACUCAGUCAAUCGAGGGUCUUUGGCGUAUUGUGAAGAAAAGAUACGGUAUAAAAGUAAACGGAGCUUCAUCAUUACUCGAAAGGCAGUUAAAAGAAGAGUGGUGGCGAUCACUUCAUCCAGCCAUGGAUACAAUAUUUGACGAUUUUCUUUCAGAUAUGAAAACAAUAUUUUUAGUUUAA